AUGGCGGACAACGUGGACCAGCAACAAACUACCAACACUGUAGAAGAGCCCCUGGAUCUCAUCAGCCUCAGCCUGGAUGAGCGAAUUUAUGUGAAAAUGAGAAAUGACAGAGAGCUUCGAGGCAGAUUACAUGCUUAUGAUCAGCAUUUAAAUAUACUGGGAGAUGUGGAAGAAACUGUGACUACUAUAGAAAUUGAUGAGAACCUGAAUACAGCCAUAUUGCCUAUAUUUUUAUACGAAGAGAUAUAUAAAUCAACAAAACGGAAUAUUCCAGUGCUUUUUGUUCGGGGAGAUGGUGUUGUACUAGUUGCCCCUCCAUUAAGAGUUGGCUGAAACAAAGAAUUUAUCAUGUAUGGAAUAUAGGAGCUUUUGUAUGAUUGCCUCUUUAAAUGUAGAAGA